UCAGUACCACUGACUAAUUCAAAUCAGUAAGAUGAAAACAAGCUAGUUUUCAUUUGGUGUUUUGCAGUUUUUGCUUUUUGAGUACAAUUUUUGAAUCUUGUUACAUUUGUGCACGACGCUAAUCGAUCGGUGAAAAAGAAUUCGUCCAGCCAUCCAGUCUUUUUCAUCCUUGAAGCAAUAGAUUCUACUUGAACGUGAUCUUUAGUCUGUAAAAAGUAACAAAUUCAAAUUUGCUCGCUUCAACCAUCGUGAAUAUAAUCUAAUCCACCAUGCCGCAAGUUUUCGAGACGUACAUACCACUCCCGACCAAGCUCGGAUGUACCCCGAAGCUGAAAGUAGUCACCAAGGGAAACAAUCUAGUCCGUGGAGUUCCGCUGGUGAACGGAGAGUUGGGUCAACUUUCGCCCAAAAUUCGUAUGUUCCUGGAGGAAUCGGUAGCCCUCUGUCAACCGGACCGUAUUCAUAUCGUCGACGGGGGCGACAAGGAAAGUGCCACGUUGCUGAAAAUUUUGCACGCCCAGGGAACGAUUCAACCGUUGCCAAAGUAUGACAACUGUUGGUUGGCUCGUACCAAUCCGGCUGAUGUGGCCCGAGUAGAGUCGAAGACUUUCAUCUGCACGGAGAAGCGAGAGCAGGCCAUUCCUACUCCAAAAGCUGGUAUAAAUGGCACUCUUGGCAACUGGAUUUCACCGGAGGGUUACGAGACUGCCAUUCGGUCUCGCUUCCCAGGAUGCAUGAAGGGACGUACCAUGUACGUCGUUCCGUUUUCUAUGGGACCCAUCGCAUCACCGUUGUCCAAGUUCGGUAUUGAAAUUACCGAUUCAGCCUACGUUGUCUGCUCGAUGAGAAUCAUGACUCGUAUGGGACUAGAGGUUCUGGAGAAGCUGUCAAACAAUUCGGACUUCAUCAAAUGUCUUCACUCGGUGGGAACGCCAAUCAAUGGGAAAAUUGCCAUGCCAUCGUGGCCGUGUGAUCCAGAACGGACCAUCAUCCUGCAUAAGCCAGCCAAUAAUGAAAUCGUUUCCUACGGAUCCGGCUAUGGCGGAAACUCUCUGCUGGGCAAAAAAUGUUUUGCUCUUCGCAUUGGAUCCACAAUUGCACAACGGGAAGGUUGGCUUGCCGAGCACAUGUUGAUCCUUGGCAUCACCGAUCCUAACGGUGUGAAGAAAUACAUCGUGGCUGCCUUCCCAUCAGCUUGCGGUAAAACCAACCUCGCCAUGAUGAACCCGACCCUGCCUGGUUACAAAAUGGAAUGCGUGGGUGAUGAUAUAGCGUGGAUGAAGUUCGAUUCCAAAGGACAACUGCGUGCCAUCAAUCCGGAAAAUGGUUUCUUCGGGGUCGCCCCUGGUACCUCCAUGGAGACCAAUCCCAAUGCCAUGAAUACCGUGUACAAAAAUACGAUUUUCACCAAUGUCGCAACCACGUCGGACGGCGGUGUCUUCUGGGAGGGCAUGGAAAAAGAAAUCUCUCCGGACGUCGAAAUAACGGAUUGGCUGGGUCAACCAUGGAAACUGGGUGUUUCCAAAACCUCUGCAGCUCAUCCCAAUUCCCGCUUUUGUGCACCGGCCAGCCAGUGUCCGAUUAUCGAUUCGGCAUGGGAGGACAACGAGGGAGUACCGAUCUCGGCCAUUCUCUUCGGAGGCCGUCGUCCGGAAGGUGUCCCACUCGUGUAUGAAGCAAACUCCUGGGCUCACGGAGUUUUCGUUGGAUCGGCGAUGCGCAGUGAAACCACUGCCGCCGCUGAAUACAAGGGUAAAACGAUCAUGAACGAUCCGUUUGCGAUGAGACCAUUCUUCGGUUAUAACUUCGGUGACUACCUGAAGCACUGGCUGAGCAUGGAGGAACGUGCGGCCAAAGUUGGCGGACAUCCACCGAAGAUCUUCCACGUCAAUUGGUUCCGCAAAGACGCCAAAGGAAAGUUCCUCUGGCCUGGAUUUGGCGAGAACAGUCGCGUUCUGGAAUGGAUCCUGCGUCGCAUCGAUGAUCAGGAAUGUUAUCGCGAAACACCGAUCGGUCGCGUUCCCACGGUUGGAGCGUUGAAUCUGGUUGAUUUGAAAAGUCCAGUGGAUGAACAGGAACUGUUUUCGAUACCCAAACAGUUCUGGUUGAAGGAAGUCGAUGAGAUUAAGCAAUACUAUGACAAUCAACUGCCGCAAGAUUUGCCGCAGGAAAUCACCAAAGAGCUGCAGGAGCUCGCUCAACGUGUCGAGCAAAUGUAGACUAGUUUUAAGUCUUGCUGAUAGCGAAUCGUGUAUUAAACUUAAUUAACUUAACUUAUUACCUGUUAGAUAUUAUGUGAUAAUUUACUCCACUGCAUUUGUAGAUCCUAAGUUCUUUUGUAAAGAACGAGCUGUCAAUAAAAAGUUUUAUAUAAGAA